AUGGCGAACAAUUGGCCGAUGGACACCAACUUCACUCCAGGAAUGACGGCCACUAGUAAUUCACCAUGUCCGCACGCAAACACCGACCCAGGAAAUUCAAGGCCGAUUGAAGAAAUCACCAAAGAAAUCCAGCAGACUCAUGCCAAACUACUUCAACUUCAACUCGAACUCAGUAACGCAUUAAAAUCUCGAAAUGUUGAUUUGGUCAAGCAGGAACCGCUAUCGCUCGAUGAUUAUAUACGCUAUGGACGUCAAAUGAUCGUCUCCCAGGUAGGACUAUCAGGUCAACUAAAACUAAAUAAAGCAUCGGUUCUUGUCAUUGGCGCAGGAGGGCUAGGUUGUCCCGCAUUGCUUUACCUUGUGAGAGCAGGCGUUGGAAACAUAUCAAUCGUUGACCACGAUACCGUCGAGCUCUCCAACUUACAUCGCCAAGUCUUGCAUACCGACUCCACCGUUGGUUUCAACAAGGCGGAAUCCGCCCGAAUCAACCUAUCAGCGGGCAAUUCAUCUGUCAAAAUCACUUCCUAUCCAAUACCCUUUUUAAUGUCAAGAAUGUCGCGCCCAAGAACAGAAAAAUCGGUUGCUUCCAAUUCAAAUUGCUUACCGGAACUGAGUCAAUUUUCGCUGGUUCUCGAUUGCACCGACAAUCCAGCAAGUCGUUAUUUGAUAUCAGAUGCCUGUGCCGCCUAUGGAAUCCCCUUAGUGUCCGGUGCUGCGAUCCGGACGGAGGGCCAACUAGCUGUCUGGAACCUGCCACCCUUAUCCGAUUCCUCCCACGAUUGCGGUCCAUGUUAUCGCUGUAUAUUCCCCGAGACAAAUCAAAUCCGUGCCGAGCGAUGCGCAGAUGAAGGUGUCUUGGGACCUGCAGUUGGCGUCGUCGGCGUUCUCAUGGCCUGGGAAGCUAUUCGUCUGUUGAUGGGCAACCACGACCUCAAGCCGAAAUUACUGCUUGUGCCAUCUUUCCGGACAAUCAAGUUGCGUAAUGCAAACAAAGAUUGUCUGGGAUGCGGCGCCACCAGUAAAUCUGCCUUUAUGGAGCGCAUCGCAGCCCAAGCAUCAGAGCAACAUGUGGAAGCUAAUUCGGAAGAGGCUACCUUUGCGAAAGCGUGUUCGAUGAAUUCUGAGCAGCCCAUCCUUCAAACUUCCACAAAGCGUAUCACAGCUAGUGAUCUACUUGCGAAUAAAUAUCAGCUGAAUCAGUUUCGGUUACUCGAUGUCCGACCGAGAACUCAGUUUGAGAUUUGUGCACUGCCAAACUCCAUCAACAUCCCAAUAACUGAAGUAUUGGAAAUCCCGGAGUUAACGAUCGAAAAGUUAAGACAGAUAACAAGAAGCCCAUCGGAGAACGAAAAUAGAGCCCGUACACUCUGCUACGAGGACGACUGGCUAGUGGUAUGUCGACGUGGUAACGAUUCACUAUUGGCCGCAAAUGCUUUGAACAAGUCCAUUUCCGCCUCUGUUCCCAACUGGGAGCAAGAAAACCAAUGUAGGAAAAAGGAGAAGUUCACGGAUUUUGUUGGUGGCUUAGAGACCUACAGUCUUGUGGUUGAUCCCACUUUCCCAUCAUACUAA